AUGCAGGUGACUUCUGGCAAAAUUUGCGUUGGUCUGUCCACUGAGAUUGCUGAAUCGGCCGCAAGCCAAGCCAUGGAUUUUGAGCAGGCUGCCAUUUGCAUGUCGAACCAUCGGGGUUGCUACUCGACCAAGUUUGUGGCCAAGAAUGGAACUUGGAAGGCUUACAAAAUUGUUUCCAGUGGAAUGUUUGGCCUUGGGAAGAAGAAGAAGAAGGAGCAAGAAUACUGUGUCGGUUGGUUUCUUUGUCACAGUGAUACCAUCCAAGAUCCAGUUUAUGAACUCAGGCAAAUGAUUUACAACACCUUUAGUUCGGAGAAUGGCGGAGAUGAUCCCAAGGACGGAUGUGGUACUACACUAUCUCAUCAUGAGGAGCUUGGAUAUGUCAUUUUAGAACGGGGUAUCAAUCAUUGGAAGUCCACAUGGGUAUCUGGAUGA